AUUGAAACCCGCAGCCAAUGUGAAUCCUCGACGGGCGGGUUUAAACCACGUGGUUCGACAUUGUUUGUGGAGAAGAAGCCGACGGAGCUGCAGCUGUGAGUGACGUUUCCGUUUAGAGUCGAGGUGAUCGCUGACGUUUGAUACAGUCAGGAGUUGUGAACUGUACCCAGAGGCGGAGGGCUCUGUUAGGAAGUCAUUCCGGUCUGAAGCACGGCUCAAAGAUGGAAUCUGUCCCCAUUAAAGAGGAAGACACUGAACUGGACGCUGUCCACAUUAAAGAGGAAGACAUUGAACUGGACGCUGUCCACAUUAAAGAGGAAGACACUGAACUGGACGCUGUCCACAUUAAAGAGGAAGACAUUGAACUGGACGCUGUCCACAUUAAAGAGGAAGACACUGAACUGGACGCUGUCCACAUUAAAGAGGAAGACACUGAACUGGAUGCUGUCCACAUUAAAGAGGAAGACACUGAACUGGACGCUGUCCACAUUAAAGAGGAAGACACUGAACUGGACGCUGUCCACAUUAAAGAGGAAGCAAGCCGCAUUGCCGAGGACGUCAGUGACCUGGGACGCAUCCACGUCAUCGAGGACAGUCCCACGCUGGAAUGGGGGCACAUUAAAGAGGAGCGCGCCAGUCCCUCAGACACUCACAAUGCAGCUGAUUUGGGGCUCAGUGUGGAAAAGCCUCACAUCCCUGGACCGGAGCAGGUGCACAUGCAGGGAGGCGGGUUCGAGAGCGCUCACACGAGGGAGAAUCACAGCAACCCUAACCAGGGCUUCAAAAGACACAUGACUUCCACUGGGAGCAGAUCAGUGGAUCAGGCUCAUGAUGAGGAGCCCCCUGCUUCCUGUCGGAUCUCCAGCACCGGGGCUCAGUACCUUCAGAGGCACGGAAAGAAGGAAGAGCAUCAGUGCACCGAGUGUGGAAAGAGUUUCAGCCAGACAGAGAGCCCCAAACCACACAGAGCGGACACAGGGGACCCCCCUUACCACUGCCCUGAGUGUGGAGACAGCUUCAUCCAGCUGGGAAACCUCCGAUCACACCAGCGCAUCCACACGGUGGAGAUGCAGCUCCGCUGCCCAGCCUGCAGGAAGACUGCCCGGGAUUCAGGACACCUGGGGAUCCAGCAGCAGCAGCAGCCCGCGCCGCGGGAGACUCCGUACAGCUGUCCGGAGUGCGGGGAGAGCUUCAGUGCAGCCGGGGCCCUCAAACUGCACCGCCGCAUUCACACUGGAGAGAAGCUGUGUCUGUGCAGCCUGUGUGGGAAGAGCUUCAGCCGCCUGCAGCACCUGCGCAACCACCAGCGCAUUCACACGGGGGAGACCCCGUACCACUGCCCUGCCUGUGGGAAGAGCUUCAACCAGUCGGGCGCUCUGAGGAGGCACCAGCGCAUUCACACGGGGGAGACGCCCUAUCACUGCAUGGAGUGUGGCAGGAGCUUCAUUCACGGAGGAGCCCUGAACAUGCACCAGCGCCGAGCCCACGCUGGCAAGACCCCCUAUCACUGCCCUGAGUGUGGAGAGGGCUUCAGCUACUCCUACCAGCUCAACGGGCACGCCUGCACUGUGGGGCAUGGAUAGCCACAGCCCAGCAACGUGCACGGCGACAGCUGUCAAGUGAACACUGCUGUCUGUGUGUCAGAUCUCUCCUUUCCAUGCACUGGGGGGGGACACAGAAUCCUUCCUAGUGUUUACAGUGGUUCACUUCAAACAUGUGGCCAGGGUGUGCAAACAGAUCUCCAUGGUUUAGAAAGCCAGCACAAGGAAGCACAGAUUAACCCUUUUAUAUCAGGAUUGGGAUCAUUCGCUGUUCGUUACAUUUAAACACAUGCAUAUCAUUUACUGCAGGACUGUGUCAUUAACUGGAGCGAAACAGUUUGUGUCAUUAUCAAAAAAAGCCAUGAAAACAAGCCAUGAAAACAAACCACAAGCCAAGCCAGUGGAGACGUCGCUGCUGCCCUGCAGGAUCCCAGGCUUGCAGGCCACGGUGGAGGAUUCAGUGAACCCUGUCUCUCACUUUGCACCCUCGUAGCUCAUGUGUCAGCUGUGUAAUGUCUUACUUCUGCUUGGCUUCUUUUGUGUUAGGGAAGUAUCUUAGUGUUGCACUGUGUCUAUUUACUAACCUGCCUUUUAUUUAAAACAUAACAAACGUCAACAUUUCUGUUUGCAUUUUUAUUGAUUGUUACAAAUACAAGAGUGGAGCAAAGCCCCAAAAAUCACUGGGAAUUGUGCGACUCGAAGGUGAUUCAGUUGCUAAAGUUUCUUCUUCUUCUUAUAAGCCUGGUCUGCUGUUGUGAUGACUUCUUCAUUCAUGCUGCAACUGGAAACAUAAAAACAGAUCCGUGAGCAUUUUCCAUUGUCAUUUUCCAUUGUCAUUUUCCAUUGUCAUUUUCCUCAGCGAUGCAGAUACAAUGUCAGGGGGCAGGCAUCAGCACAGCAGCACUGCGGUCCAUGGCAGUGGCUGUUCUCAACCACGGGAUGGCUCUCAAAGGCAAUGCCUCGUCUGCCCUAGAAAUAUUAGUAGAGGGCACAGCAACUCUUUGUAUAGCUUGGCCUCUUUUGUAGAUUUCACAUCUUUACAUGGCAGACCCCUGUAUUCUAACUGGGCUGUUUUUGUACAUGAAAACUACAGAUAUCAUGAGGUACUAAUUCUAACACCCUAGUGACCACUGAGAUAACAAAAAAAAACAGGCAGCAUUAUCACAAAUGGAUGAGUGCUGCAGUAUUGCAUUCCCUAGUUCAUCUCAGUCUGUACAAGUUGAUUGAAAAUCUGUUGUUUCAGGAGCCUUUCCGUGACUCCUUCACACUUUGUAUUGGAGAUCUAUUUAAUAAAAUCAUGUUUGCAUUAUUAUAA